UGCGCAGUGGAGUUACAGUCCGCGGUGGGCGGAGUGGAUGCGAGGAUGUAGAGUUUGUGACGAUGAGCAACGUGAAUGAAAAUAAUGACGAAAUAACUGUGAUCUGGGACAAGUAGCGGUCGCGAAUUCACACGGCACUGCGCAAAAGGCAACUUUCACAGAUCAUUUUAAGCUCAGCCAGCUGACCUCUGGAAAGGCUUGUCAGGAACACUAUGGGGAACACAAGCAGUGAGAGAGCCGGCAUGGGCCAUGAAAAGGCUCACAGGAGGGACAGUCGAGGAACCAAGGAAGGAGACCGUCCUAAAAUCCUGAUGGACAGCCCGGAGGAUGCUGAUAUUUUUCACGGGGAGGACAUCAAAGUGCCUUUAGAAAAAGAGGAGUUCAUUGAGUGGAGACCAGACCUGGAGACCAGUGAAAAGGUUCCCGCUUUAGAUCGACCCACUGUGUUUCGGUGGACAGGAGCAGGAAAGGAAGUCUAUAUUUCUGGCUCUUUUAAUAACUGGACCAAUAAGAUUCCUUUGAUAAGGAGUCAGAACAACUUUGUGGCGAUUGUGGAUUUGCCUGAGGGUGAGCACCAGUAUAAGUUCUUUGUGGAUGGACAGUGGACUCAUGACCCAACAGAGCCAGUGGUGACCAACCAGCUCGGCACGGUCAACAACGUCAUCCAGGUGAAGAAGACAGACUUUGAGGUGUUCGAUGCGCUCAUGGUGGAUUCACAGAAAUGCUCCGACAUGUCAGACCUGUCCAGCUCUCCUCCUGGACCGUACCAUCAGGACGCUUACGUACCCAAACAGGAGGAGAAGUUCAAGUCUCCACCCAUUCUGCCCCCACAUCUCCUACAGGUCAUCUUAAAUAAGGACACAGGCAUCUCUUGUGAUCCAGCUUUGCUCCCUGAGCCCAAUCACGUCAUGCUGAAUCACCUGUACGCUCUGUCCAUUAAGGACGGCGUUAUGGUUCUGAGUGCCACACAUCGCUACAAGAAGAAAUAUGUCACAACCCUGCUGUACAAGCCAAUCUGAGAAACAUUUCAACACUCCACUCACACGACCUCUGUCUAGUUUGGCUGUUUUAUAUAGUAUGUAUUAAUGUAAAUAGAAAUGUACAGAGAUGCACUUUAGAGGUAAAUCCCACCUCCAUGGGUAUAAAAUAAUCAGAGACAUAGAAAUAACUCAGAUUUACUGGACAGUUAAGCACAUAUUUACUUUUUUAGAGGUUGGUACACUUUUUAAACCCACUUUUCAGUGGAACUAGGUCAAAUCGACUGAAUGGAAACCAGUACAGAGGAGUGUUCUUGAAUAGUGUAAAUAAAGUUUGACAUAUUAGUUUGUUUAUUUUAGUGUUUAAGUAAUUAUAUGUGUGUGUAGAUAAAUAUUAAUAUAUUAUUAGAAAGCAUAAUGAAAUUUAAGCUAUUUAUUGGUCAGAAAAAGGCCAGUUUUUUGGGGCCAAAUAUAUAAAAAGUUUUACUUAAGAAACUAAUUCCACUUUUUUAAUUUUGUGAAAAAAGUUAACUUCAAACCCAUUGUUUUUAUUAUUUAAAGUUUUUAUCUCCUGCAUUUUUAGUAGAUCCGAACUAAAUAAAUAUUGCAAAUGUCUUGAUGUAACUCUUAAUCUCUGUUAUGCUCUUUUAAAUUAAAAAGCACUUUGAAUAAAUGAUUCACCCAAUUUUAC